UCUACAGAGAGCGGAGAGAAAGAAUGGAAGCUGAAGGUUCAAGCACACAUCAUUCAUCAUAUUCACUACAACCUAUUCGAUUCUACAAUGAAGAUAUACUUUUCUGUAUUGAUAUUGGUCUUGAAUCUCAAGUUGAAAUGAAAGUUUCAGGACCAAAAGGUCGACCUAUUACUAGGCUUGAAUCAAUUAAACAAGCUAUUCUUCUCUUUGUUCAUUCUAAACUUACUAUCAAUCCUGAUCAUCGUUUUGCUUUCGCUUCUUUGGCUCAAGUUGCUUCAUGGCAUCAAAAGGAGUUCAGUAACGAGGUUGGCUCUGCCAUUGCAGCCCUCCGGGGAUUAGUCUACUCGCAUUCGCCACAAGGAAAUGCAGAUCUUACCCAUCUGUUCAGGAUAGCAGCUCAUGAAGCAAAGAAAUCCCGAGCACAGAAUCGUCUCUUAAGAGUUAUCCUCAUAUACUGCAGAUCAUCAUCAAAACCACAAUAUCAGUGGCCUGCUAACCAGAAAACAUUCACCUUGGAUGUCAUCUACCUCCAUGACAAACCUGAUCCCGAGAAGAACUGCCCUCAAGAUGUAUACGACUCUCUUGUAGACGCUCUUGAACAUGUUAGUGAACAUGAAGGCUACAUAUAUGAGAGUGGUCAAGGCCUUUCACGUGUGCUUUUUCGGCUGAUGUGUGUAUUGUUAUCUCACCCACAACAACGUUGUGUUCAAGAUGAUGUCGACGUCCCCAAAUCGCUUACAAAGAAGUCCCCUUCUGUUGAAAUCAUUCCUGCGGAAGAGAAUAUUCCCGUCUCCCAGUGACUCCAUGUAGGUACAGAAGUUAAAACAUCCACUUCUUCUUUUUUUGCUGCAAAUGUAGAGUUUGUGUUAUUAAUAUUUGCAUAGCUUGUCAUGUUUUUAUUAUUAAAUUUGUAGCUUGACUGAAAAAAAAAUAUAUCUUCUUCCUGUCAUUUUCAUGUAUAAAUUUGUUGAAAAUCACUUUCACCUUUGAUAAAUUAACAACUCUUAUCGCUUUCUUAUCUUUUUUGUGUUC